UGCAUUUUUAAUGGAAUUAUAAAGAAAUGGGCAAUUCAUCAUCGUCACACGGCGGUGGCAGCAAAAGCAGUCGAAAAUGCCGCAGCUUACCGAAUUCACCGGAUGUACGAAGACAAAUACCCACCGCUUAUUCCAAGGCUAAUGGCGGUACCGCCAUACCACUGCCGGCAACCGUUAUGGUACAGCGACGCUGCCCUCCUGAUAAAGUACGUCCCUUGCCGCCUACACCAAAUCACACUCCAUCAAUUCCAGGUUUGGGCAAAAGUGGUUCAGAUUUUAAUACGAGCCGUCCUAACAGUCCACCGACAAGUAAUCAUACAAUACAAAGCCUUAAAAGUGGUAACAAUAAUGGUUUACGCCCACCGUCUGGUAAAACUGCCCACCAAAGUGGCAUACCGCCACCAAGCGCCAGCAAUGCAGUUGCAGUUGCAGCCCCACAACAAACAAAACACUCCAUGUUAGAUAAACUAAAACUAUUUAAUAAAGAAAAGCAACAACAAAAUUCAAAUAUCUCCGUCACCAACAAAACACAAGUACAGUCAAAACGCACUUCUUCUUCAUCGGGGUUCUCGUCUGCACGUUCAGAACGGUCCGAUUCCAGCUUGAGUUUAAAUGAUGGACACAUAUCACAAAUUAAACCACCUGCUGUCAAUGUGACAGCAAAUAAAACACGUGACGCCAAAAACAACACCAAACAAUCCAAACUAUUAGCUGCGCAAAUAAAGAAAGAACAUGCCAAGGCUAGCAAAUUGGAGAAGAAAGAAAAAAGUCCUGCUAGAUCGCUCAACAAAGAGGACAUGAAUGUAGAUAGCAAAAAUUCCACAAUUGGCAGAACAAAAAACUCAUUGCCACGUGUCAUUGAGAAGAACUCUGCCAAAACCUCUUCCAAAUCAUCACUAACCUCCAAAUCGGAGUCCAAAACAUCACUCAUAAUGCCCACCACAAAAACUUUGAACAGUCCAAACGGUAGUACUGGACUACCGAAACCCAUCGCGGCCAUUAAAGGUACCAGCAAGUUACCGCAGCCAGGUGAUAACAAGCAACGCAUGAGCAAUUCAAAUUCCAAUAAUGAUAUGCUCAAGCGAGAGAAAAGUGACAUAUCAACAAAUACCACAAAUAACAUAUCUGAACGUAGAGAACACGAUAUACAUAGAAACAUGCAAGCAGUACCAACAACACAUAUCGUUAAGCCAGUACCAAUAUUACCAGAGCCCGGUUCAAAACCACCAUUUUAUGCGAAUACAUCUAACAUAUCAUCACCAACAAGAGCACAAAAUAUUAUGCUAGACCCAAAUGCUCAACCACGCACACCAACACAAGAUAUCAUUUACAGUCGUCUACCACCACCAAAAAGUAACAUAACAACGCCAACAAGAAAGCUCGAAUAUAGCGCAGGUCCAAAUAUACUCUCACCACAACGUUCACCUAUGCGUACAAUGAAUCAACUAUCACACUCCCAACCCGAAAGUCCGAUUUCAUCGCCCAACAAAUUCCAUACCAUACCCACUAAAAUUGUAGGCACAAUUUACGAAGAGGAAAAACCAGUCAAUGUGCUGCCAAUGCGACCACUGUUACGUGGCUAUAACUCUCAUGUAACGCUACCGACGCGUGGUCCACGCGGUGCACACAGCUAUGUUAACGACUUCUGUGAGAAUGAUAUUGGUCAGGGUUAUUGCAGUGACGGGGACGCCUUACGUAUAGCAAACACACGUCUAGCGCAUGGACCAGCAGCCGCAUCGUCCAGGUAUCAUGAUAUCGAUAAUGGUUAUCUGUCGGAGGGAAGUGGCGGACUUGGACUGAGUGGAGCCGGUGUGCAUGGUAAACACUUUCUAAGUUUGAUGCGCGCUAGAACACAGCUCCCCACAACAAUUGAAGAACGUAUACGCAGUAGUCGCGGCAGUCUUGAUAGCAUUGGUACAGCACCGCCUUCAUCGGGUGCCUCCCAAGCCAGCUCAAGUGGCGGUUCCAAUAAUAAAAUGGAUGCCACUAAUGGUUGUGGUUCGGGUAAUGGCAGCGUUAAUGCCAGUCCACAGCAUCAUCAUGGACAGCAUGCGUCACCACGUUCCAGCACGCGCAAUAGUGGGCGUGAUAAUUGGUCUAAGAUGCCAGAACCACUAAAUGGGCAUAAAAUGGAUAAAACAGAAAAAUCCUCACCGUCACACACACGACGGAGUAUCAGCGGCAGCAGUGGUGGCAUGGGUAGUGGCAAUAGCUCAAGCAAUGGCAGUCCUUCAAAGCAAGGCUCAAAUGCAGGACGCACUAAAGGUGUACCACCCAGUUUCGGUUACGUGAAACGUGCAAAUGGCAGUGCGACUGCAACAGCUGAGCAACAAAAUAUAACGAUGAUGAUGUGCGGUGGCAAUAGCGGUGGCAUUAGUAUGCAAACAAAUAACGGGGUUGGACAAUGUGGACGCACAGCUCAUGUCUCCGCAGUACCAAGAACUGCAGGAGGUAGAAAAAUAUCCGGUGGCACUCAAACGCUACCAAAUGAAAUGACCAAAAUGCCCACAAGUACACAACAUCGCAGUUUUUCAUUGACCGGACCAAGCGCAACGCAGCUCAGCCAAUCCAUACGCGAACGCCUCGCCACUGGCUCCCACAGCUUACCCAAACCAGGCACGGACUUACACAUGUUCCAGCAUCGAUUAUCAAAUCGUCCUGCUAAAAUGAUAGAUGGCUCCUUAUCCGAUACACAAACCUAUGCAGAAGUGAAGCCUGAGUAUAGCACGUACGCCAUGUGGCUUAAGCACAGUAAUACCGCGGGUAGUCGUUUAUCCGAGGGAGACUCACUGGAAAAUAUGCAAAUCGGUUCACCGGCCAUGGCUCGACAUAGCCAUAAAAUGCUACAACACCGAAACGCAGCAGCUGCUGCAGUUGCAGUGGCCAACGCAGCCGUUGCCAAUGCUCAAGGAGGUGCAGUAGCCGGCACAGAGUCCCCAUAUGUGCAGAGUCCACGUCUAAAUCGAAGCAACAGCAUUAGCUACUUGAAAGAGAGGACAUAUCCAAGAUCAACCAAGUCAGAAAAAAUGUAUCCCUCAAUGCUUAGCCGAGGUCCGGACGUUGAGAUUGAACCCUACUAUUGCCUACCAGUCGGUACUAUUGCAGCACAAAAUGGCGUUAUAUCCGUACAAAUGGCUGCCGCAGCAGCAGCCGCAGCAUCGCAUGCCAAUACACAAGCCACAGGUGUUGCACCAGUCGUUUGGAGCCAGCCCACAUCACCUACCCCAAUCAAUCGCGGUUUUGCUGGCACACUUUCACCCACACAUGCAGCAAAUGCUGUUUUGGGCCUGACGAGCCUGGCGGGUGCUACAACUGGGGGCCACCGACUGACAUAUCCAAAGAAAAAUGAUGAAGUACAUGGCAGUGCGGCUUCUUUACUAUCGGGUGGUAGUUCCUUGUAUGGUUCAGCUGAAGAACGGCAAGCAAAUGAAAUUCGACGACUUAAACGUGAACUUAUGGAUGCUCGGGAACAAGUGCUGAGCUUGAGCAGUCAACUAUCCACAAACGCUCAUGUAGUUGCUGCUUUUGAACAAUCGCUCUCGAACAUGACUUCACGCUUACAACAAUUAACUGCAACUGCUGAGCGUAAAGAUGGUGAACUCACUGAUAUGCGUCAAACUAUUGAACUACUUCGCAAGCAAUCUAUACAAGCCGGAUUGACCACAGCUCAUAUGCAAAGCAUGGGUGUUCAAACACAGGGACAAGAUCAGAAUGAUUUACUGGGCAACAAGCCACCACCUUUACCACCAUGCAUACCCGGUCAGCAUAUGAGUCGCGUUGUUCAGCAUCAGCAACAACAACAACAAGCAGGUAGUGUCGGCAACAACAAUAAUGGUGCUAUACAACGUCACCACAGUUCAGACUCAAUGUGCUCAUUGAACUCUAUUAGUUCGGGUUGUUCAGCACAGGAUAAGAAGAAGAAGAAGGGUUGGUUACGCAGUUCGUUUACAAAAGCUUUUUCACGCAAUGCCAAAAUUUCAAAAACUAGUCGUCAUACAGGACAUCAUGGGGCACAUAGUGGCCAUGGUGAUAGUACUCAUGGUCCUCACUCAGGCUUAUCUAAAGUGAAUGGUCAUGCACAUGGUGACCCAGUGGGCUUGUCUGCACUUGCAACACAACCAGCACCACCAAUUCCAGCUUCACCCACAAAAUGCAGUCCAGCAAAGACUGUUACUUUAAUUGAUAAUGCAAAGCCCAUUGAUGCCAUAGAACAUGACGAUCAUCAAGUUGUUGAAGACCUUAAGAAGCAACUGAGAGAAAAAGACUUGGUAUUGACUGAUAUACGUCUUGAAGCUCUAAGUUCUGCUUCACAACUUGAGAGUCUCAAAGAAACCGUCAAUAAAAUGCGUGCUGAGAUGCUAUCACUUAAACAAAACAAUGAACGCUUACAAAAGUUGGUAACAAGUCGUUCUUUAGCAGGCUCAGAAGCCUCGCUAGGCAAUGCGAUAAGUCCUAAUGGUUCUAUCGGUGAAUCGCGCCGUUAUUCUUUAGCUGAUGGUAAUUCACGCCCACCUAUGGAAUUACCAAAACGUUUAGACGAAGAAGUUGAAGAAGAAAAUAUACCACCUGCACCAGCACCUGAGCCGCCACCGCCGCCACUAAGUCCAACUACACACAUCGAUUUAACGCCACCUCCUCCUGCACUUGAAGGUAUAUCCAGUCCAGCACAUAUAUCUACUGCAGUUGAAGAACUACCGGAUGUUACAGACGGUAAGAAAAUUGCAAUAGCGUGCUAUUUGGGGCAACCAGAAUCAUUCGUCAAAUACUGCGAAGAAAUGCUCGAAGUUGAUGAGUUUUACGCCAAUAGUUCCAUGGCAAGUAGCGUAGAUAAAGAUAGUAAUGAGCGAAUGUCAUUCCCAACUGCUAGUCCAAAUGAGUUUGUCAUAGCAUAUACUUAUAUAUCUGGAAAAACGACUUGGCAGAAUUUGGAUUAUAUUGUGCGCAAGACAUUUAAGGACUACGUAUCGCGUAUUGAUCCAGGCACAAAUUUAGGGCUGAACACUGACUCCAUUACAUCGUAUCAUUUAGGCGAAGCAAAACGUGGCCCUGAAAUGGGUUUUCCAGAACUUUUGCCGUGCGGAUACAUUAUCGGUAACGUGCGUACACUAUACAUAUGUUUGCAAGGUGUUGGCAGUUUAGCAUUUGAUAGCUUAAUACCAAGAAGCAUUGUGCACCGUUAUAUUAGCUUAUUAACUGAACAUCGGCGACUUAUAUUGUGCGGACCAAGUGGUACGGGUAAAUCGUAUUUAGCACGUCGUCUUGCCGAAUUUUUGGUAGCACGUUCUGGACGAGGAAAUCCAUCAGAGGCUAUUGCAACAUUUAAUGUUGAUCAUAAAUCCUCAAAGGAAUUGCGUCAAUACCUCGGCCAUAUUGCCGAGCAGGCAGCUAUUGCAAAUGGUGCAUCUGAAUUGCCCUCUGUGAUUAUUUUGGACAAUUUACAUCACGCUUCGGCGCUUGGCGAAGUUUUUUCUUGUCUAUUGAGCGCAGGUCCUGCAGCAAAACUUCCAUGUAUAAUUGGCACUAUGUCCCAAGCUACUUGUAAUACCACCAAUUUGCAACUGCAUCAUAAUUUUAGAUGGGUAUUAACUGCUAAUCAUAUGGAGCCAGUAAAAGGUUUCUUGGGACGUUUUCUACGACGGCGUCUUUUUCAACUUGAACUUCAAACCCAACAUCCUCAACCGGAACUGGCAACGGUUUUGGCAUGGUUACCAACUGUUUGGCAACAUAUAAACCGUUUCUUAGAGACUCAUAGCUCUAGUGAUGUGACAAUUGGACCACGUCUAUUUCUGACAUGCCCACUCGACUUAAAGAAUUCACAAAUCUGGUUUACUGAUAUUUGGAACUAUCAUCUUUCACCAUAUCUGGUUGAGGCAGUGCGCGAAGGAGUUCAACUGUACGGAAGGCGCGGUGGGGCAUGGAAUGAUCCCUCCGCCUUCAUUCGUAAUUCAUAUCCAUGGCCGUAUGGACCUGAUUCAGUGCCACCAUUAAGACAAAUCAAUGCGGAGGAUGUUGGAUUAGAAGGAGUAGCAGCUAAUAAUAACGAAAGUCAGGAUCCUCUGCUAAAUAUGCUCAUUCGUCUACAAGAAGCUGCCAACUAUUCAGAAAAUCAAGAACAAGAAUCGGACUGCGCUAGCCUCGAUUCAAAUAUCACACCCGACAGUUCAGCCGGUGCAGAAUAAUAUAAUUAUAAAGCAAAUGGCAAAUGGCAAAUCGCAGUAAUAAACAAUUAAGCAUAAAUUUUAAGAAAUCAGUAAAAAUAUUACAAUAUAUUGUAAAGCAGCUUUCCCAAAGUUAUAUAGAAAACACAUAUUCAACAUUGCAUACAUAUUUACAUACAUAUUAACAUAUUUACAAAUUGCUUAUAUACAUGCUUGCAUACUCGUACAAAUGCGAAUACAAAGUCUGUCUAACUUUUCUAUGUGGCAUCAUUUUUGUAUCUUACAGUGUUGUAUUAUCCUGUAUCGUAUAUUUUGUAUAUUUUUAAUCGAAAGGCGACUUUCAUUUAGGGAAACUAAUUGCAAACAUAAAUUUAUUAUUAUGAGCAAAAAUGGCCAAAUAUUUUAAGGCGUGUCAGUGGCAUUGCCAUAUAUUUGAAAUGUGAAAAGCACUAUUUAUAUUAAUUUUAUUAAACAUGUUCUUAAUUAAGACUAACUAAGACUUAAGCCUCUGAACCAAAACCACUUGAUGAAAACUUGUGAUCUACAAAUGAAAUGGACUACAACUCUCCACACAAUCAGGAGAAGCAAUCAGCUGUGUAAAUGUCAGUGUAUAAAGUAAAUAAUUUUAUACCCAAACUAUUAGAGAGUUUUUCUUUAAGUUUUAACAAAAAACCAGAUUUAAAAAAAAAAAGAAGUAUUGGUUUCAAAGUUUACUGACCCUACUAAUUGAGAAAAUUAAUUAAAACAACAAUUUUUAGAAUACAAAGACAUCAAUUACACCUUA